AUGGGUUGUUACCACUCUAGAGGAAGAAUAUUUCCAGAGGAGGAGGACCCAAUAAUUCUUGCAUCAGAAACAGCCUUCGGUGUUAAUGACAUUGAAGCAUUAUUUGAGCUUUUUAAGAGCAUCAGUGGGUCGGUCAUUAAUGAUGGACUAAUAAGCAAGGAAGAAUUUCAAUUGGCGAUUUUCAAUAAUAAAACAAAGGAGAAUCUCUUCACAAGUCGGGUCUUUGUUCUAUUUGAUGUGAAGAGAAAGGGAGUAAUUGACUUUGGGGACUUUGUGAGAGCACUGAAUGUCUUCCACCCUAAUGCACCACAAGAAGUCAAGAUAGAUUUUUUGUAUUUUCUUGCAAUUUCUUUUAGGCUCUAUGAUAUGAACAAUACAGGUUUUAUAGAGCGCGAUGAUGUGAAACAAAUGAUAGAUGCGCUUCUAUGUGAAUUUGAAAUUAAGUUGAGUGAUGACAUGAUCGAAACAAUUAUUCAGAAGACUCUCUUGGAUGCUGAUCCAAACCAAGACGGGAAGAUAGACAAAUUCGAGUGGAAAAAUUUUGUUUCUCAAAAUCCGUCAUUGUUGAAAAUCAUGACCCUACCAUAUCUAAGGGAUAUUACAACAAUUUUUCCCAGUUUUGUAUUUAACUCAAAGGUGGAUGAUGACAUUGCUACUUGA